AUGGGAGCUUGUUUGUCUUCAGGCUGGAAUGAAAAAGAAUCCGAAUCUGUAAGACCCACCACAGCCAAAGUCGUGUCUUUAAGGGGAAACCUUCUUCAAUACAAAGUUCCGGUUUUCGUGUCUCAAGUUCUCCAGGCUGACCCCACGGCUUCGAAUUGUUUUCUCUGCAAUUCUGAUAGUCUGUUGUACGAUGAACACAUUCCGGCGUUGGACUUGGAUGAACAACUUCAGCCUAAUCAGAUUUACUUUGUUCUUCCUAACUCUAAGCUUCAAUACAAGGUGUCCGCGUCAGACAUGGUGGCUUUGGCUGUGAAAGCCAGCGUUGCUCUUCAAAAUGGGUCUAAAAAGAGCCGCCGCCAUCGUAAAAAGUCUCAAAUUUCUCCUGUUUUCCCCCUCAUUCAAACCACUAGUGUUUACAGCUUAGAUAGAGCAGCAACGAAAGUAAAGAGCUUUCAUGAUAAAAAGCCAGUUGCUGUACCUGAUGAUAGACUUCGUAUGUCAAGAUCUGAUUCGGUUAGAAAGUUACAAAGAUACAGUUCUAGAGGAGCUAAAAUGGCUGUUCGUUCUUUCAAGCUCAGGCUAGCCACCAUUUACGAAGGGAGUGUUGCUGCCUAG